GAUUACCUCGGAAAGAUGUCUAAAAGACCUAAGUACAAAGAGUUAGUGGGAGAGUCCCUCCUUGCUAUGAAUGAGAAGGAAGGCUCAUUAGCCAUAGAUAUUAUCAAAUAUAUCCAAGCCCAUAAUAGAGAAGAGGUCCUUGAGAAGAGGAUAAAAGCUAUGAUAAAGAAAAUGGUGAAGGACGAACUCCUUCUUCAAAUUAAAAACUCUUUUGUAUUAGCAAAUCCUAAAGAUUUUGAGAAGAAGAAAACCUUAGUAAAAUCUACUGGAAGAGCGCUUAAGAAGAAGAGAAUUCUGAAAGGCAAGAAGCUUACUGGGGCUGCUGAUAUUAUUAAGAAGCUAAGUGAGAGUAAAAAUGAAGAGUCUAAAAGUCCUUCCAAAGGAAGAAGAUCAUCCAGGAAAAAGCCAGCUUCAAAGAAAACUCCCUCUAAAAAGAAGACUCUUUGUAAAAGUAAACCUCCCGCCAAAAAGAAGGCACCAGCACCCUCAAAAACUUCAGGUAGGAAAAGAACUCCAACAGCUAAUAAAGCUUCUCCUAGGAGAAAAACUCCAGAAAGGAAAAGGAAGACACCUGAAAAAGGACUAGCUUACUUAAGAAAAAAGGUAUCCAUUCAAUCUGAGGUUCCUUUAAACAAGAAAAGAUCCUCCUUGUCUCCUAACCCAGCUCUGAUAAAGAAGAGAGCAUCUCAUAAUGCUAGUAGUAAGCAAAUCUCCACUCCAAUGAUGACUCGGAAAAGAUCAAGCACAAAGAAAUCUGCUGGGAAAAGCUCAAAUGCCUCUUAUAGAUCUCUUGUGAAGAAGAAUUCAAGGAGGUCCUCAAAUAAGGCUGACUCUAAGAAAGCCAACAAGGGGAAGUCACCAAAUCCUAAAACUACAAAGCAGAGAAGUAAAGCGUCUCCUCCUAAAAAGACCUCAAAGUCAGGAUCUAAGUCGAAGUCUAAGAAGGAUCUAAAGAAAUCAGUUAAGAAAACUGAGGAAGUCAAAAAACUAUCAAAAAAGAGGGUAACUAGAGCAAAUGCAAGAGCCACAAGAUCCAGAAAGAUGAAAGCUGGAGCAAGAAGAUAACCAAAUCAGUAUUUAUCAGAUU